AUGGAUAUAGAAUUUUGUAAGGUUUCUAGCUAUGUAGGAACUGGGACUACAAGUGCAUAAACUGUUUAAAAAUUAAUUGGGUUAACAAAUAAUAUAAAAGAUAGACAUGUUGUGAUUGUAGAAGAUACCAUAGAUAGCGGGUUUACUUUAGAUUAUUUAAUUAAAGAUUUGCAAAAGGAAAAACCUAAGAGUAUUUCUUUAUGUGCUAUGUUUCUCAAAAAAGCUAAUUUAUAAGUAGAGUUAGACAUAAAAUAUAUCGGAAUGACUAUUGAUCCCGAAUUUGUGAUUGGGUAUGGAUUAGACUAUGAUGAAUGGGGAAGAAAUAUAUAUGGAUUAUGGAUUAAUAAAUGA